GGUGCUGAACGCCUCGGCCGCUCCCCGGCAGCACCCCCGGGACAGCAGCACCCGGGCCUCCCUCCCUGCCGCCCGGCCCGGGCUCUCCCGCCGCUACUCCGCUGCAGAGGACACCUCAUGGAAAAUAAAUAAAUUAAUUCCCCCACUCACCCCCGCGGCCGGGAGACGAGCCGGCGGCGGCCGCGGGAUUAGAUCCAGUCCGAGCUAGAGACCAGUCUAAUUGGAGAGGAGACAGAGACCAAAAAUGCCACCUGCAACAGGAGCGCCAGAUUACCCACCUCCUGAUGGGGGCUGGGGAUGGGUUGUGGUCUUUGGGGCUUUUAUCUCCAUUGGAUUUUCCUAUGCCUUCCCCAAAGCCAUCACAGUGUUCUUCAAAGAAAUACAAGAGAUCUUCCACACAUCAUAUAGUGAGAUAGCUUGGAUAUCAUCAAUAAUGCUUGCUGUCAUGUAUGCAGGAGGUCCCAUAAGCAGCAUUUUGGUGAAUAAGUAUGGUAGCCGGCCUGUGAUGAUAGCAGGGGGUAUCCUCUGUUCUUUUGGAAUGAUUGCAUCCUCUUUCUGCAAUAGUGUCCUUGAGCUCUAUAUAUGUAUCGGUGUGGUUGGAGGUCUGGGUUUAGCAUUCAACUUACAGCCUGCCUUGACCAUGAUUGGCAAGUAUUUCUAUAAGAAGCGUCCCAUCGCUAAUGGAUUGGCAAUGGCUGGAAGUCCAGUGUUUCUGAGCACAUUGGCACCUCUCAAUCAAUUCCUCUUUAAUGCUUUUGGCUGGAAAGGAAGCUUUCUUAUUCUGGGAGGACUUCUUUUGAACUGCUGUGUGGCUGGGUCACUUAUGAGACCUGUUGGACCAAAAAAAGUCCCUCCUGUGAAAAAAGAUGUUGAAAAAGGCGCAGGAGAUUCUGCCUUGCACAAAAACAACAAGAAGUCUUGUUGGCAAACUAUGAAUAAGUAUCUAGAUCUGUCCCUUUUCAAACACAGAGGGUUUCUGAUAUAUUUGUCAGGAAAUGUCAUUAUGUUUAUUGGUUUCUUUGCUCCAAUAGUAUUCCUGGCUCCUUAUGCCAAGCACAAGGGAAUUGAUGAAUAUUCUGCUGCUUUUUUGCUCUCUAUCUUAGCCUUUGUAGACAUGUUUGCUAGGCCUUCCAUGGGACUUGUAGCAAACUCCAGGUUUAUCCGGCCAAAGAUUCAGUAUUUUUUUAGUUUUGCUGUCUUGUACAACGGAGUCUGUCAUAUCUUGUGCCCUCUGGCAAAAAAUUACACUGGCUUGGUGAUAUACGCUGUAUUUUUUGGGUUUGCAUUUGGAAUGGUUAGCAGUGUUCUUUUUGAGACAUUGAUGGACCUUGUUGGAGCUGCCAGAUUUUCCAGUGCAGUGGGACUUGUCACCAUCGUGGAAUGCUGCCCUGUGCUCAUAGGCCCUCCUCUAGGAGGUUGGUUAGUAGAUGUUACUGGGGAAUAUCAGUACAUGUAUUUUGUCUGCGGAGUGAUUGUGACUGUGGCCAGUAUCUGGUUGUUCAUUGGCAAUGCCAUCAACUACAGGCUUUUGGCAAAAGAGAAGAAGUUAGAAGAUGAGAAACAGAAAGCACAGAAGAACGCUGACCCAAAGGAAGCAGAACCAUUAACAAACAAUGAGAAUGAAGAUGCUUCCAGCAGAGCUGAUAAAGCUCUUGAAGAUCCAUCAGAAAGAGAAACCAAUAUUUAAUCUGAAAUAUAGCUCAGAAGGCAACAUUUAUGACUUCCAUUAGGAAUAUGUCUUCAAGGCACAGGCCAGGUUUCGUGGUAAUAAUGAUCAGUCACAAUAUUGGAUGGGAACAGAUUUUUGCCCUGUGGCAAGACUCAAAGCUAAAUAAAUUACUAUCUACAGUUAAUUUGUUUCAGUGAUACAAAAUCAUGAUUACAGAGCUAGUGACUCAAUGCAAAUUGAGUCUAUUGAAUUUUGACUCUGGACAAUCAAGAGUCAGAUAAACCAGGCUAUAAAGCCUUCCAAUGACAAACAGUUUUUUUUCAGAAGUGUAUGUAGUGCAAGAGUAUCUUUUACUCUUAUUUGGGAAGAGACUUGCAUUCAUCUUUACGAUGUGGUUAAAGUCUUUUGAAAUAAUCUGUCCAAAUUCUACUUACCAUCACUAUUAAAGAGAACAUAAAGAUUUGUUUCAAUAGAGACAUAAUACCUGACUGUAGCAUACUGAAACAUUUUUCUCUUUUGUACACCCACUAGAUAAAAAAUAUGGCUGUGUAAGCAAUUAUGGAUAUAAAAGUUAAGUGUAGGAGACAAAUAAUUGGUAAAUGCGUCUCUAAGAUGCAAUAAAAAGCUGAUUUAUAAUAUAUUCCAGAAGUAGUUUCUUCCAGUGAUAGCUGAUAGUACUUCAACAUAUACAUUUGAAUUCAAAGUAUAUUCACACCUUGCUAAUUCAAACUAGCUAAAAUCUGCCUGUACAUAAAAGGUUUAAACCCAAGAUUUACAUUUCUAACAAGAGUGGCAAUCAGUUUGUUUGACUUUGUAUUUCUGUGUAGCUGAAGGAUCUGGAUCAGACUGUGAAGCCAUUUUCCUAAAGGGACUAAAUUCACAAUCUGCUGAUGUUAAAAGGAUACUAACCCCUGGCUUUUGUGGCCUUAAUGAGUUUCAUGACAAUGACUUCAAAGUAGAUGCUUGGCUUUAUUGACAAGUCCUUAGUUGUUUGAUGGUUUCUUGAGAGGAGAUUUAAGAUCUAACUUCAGAUCUUUGCAGAUGGGUAGCUUCCCAGUUCCCACUUCCCUUUCCCAAGAAUUUAGUGAAAAGCUACUUCUUUUUCUGUAGUGCUGCUUUGAGCAAAAAUGCUGCAAGGCACCUUGACAAUGCCAGUCUGGAAGCUUUGUACUGACGCAUCAGUUUUACGCAGGAUGUUUAGUCUUGUGUCUACAAUUUCAUGCAGACCAUCAUAUAAAUAAAAAUGUACACAAUUGUUCCUCUUCCUUUAGACAAAACAAGCAUAAACCUACAAUUUUACUUUACACAAAUUAUUUAGUACUGCUUUGAAUGUUAAAAGUGCAAGCUUCUGAAGAUAGUAUGUGAAAUCAUUUCUGUUCUAUUUUUAGGUAAGGAAAGGUGCUAUUCAUUUUGGAGGGAUGCUUAUAAAUGCCUCAAAAAUUAUGAAAAUUAAGGGUCUGAUUCAUAAAACAUUUAUGCACUGUUUAUGCAGGAUACACCUACACUCAAUUCCAGGAAAAGAAAAUUAUUCAUUUUAGUCGUCUUCUAAAUCUCAAAAAGUUGGAAAUAUAUUGGACAGAGAGGUAACUGUGAUAAACACACUUUGAAGUGCCAAUAACAAAAUUAAAAAAACAGUAAAAUCUAGUAGAUAUGGGAGGGCUUUGAAGAAAGUAAUUUCUUAAUAUUAUUAUGUUCAAUAUUAUUUUAAUUUUUCUUCUAAAAAUGUUGAAAUUGCUUGCUUCUGUUUUACUGGUUUAUCAUUUUAUAAAGUUCCAUUCUAAUGCUGAUUUUUUUAAAUUUUCUCAUCACUGUUUUGGGGAGAAAUAUGAAUCUACUCUCAUCAUGGUACAGAAUUUAAUACCUACUUUUUACCUAGUUAUAUUCAGGAAAACCUAACUUCUCCAACAAAUCCUUCUCCAACAUUUUUAAGAGCAUCAGAAUCAAAAUAUGUGCAUUUCAGAGUUUUGGGAUAAAAUAUGGAUUGCAUGUUCAGACUCGAGCCGUGUGCUUCGUAAGGAGGAAUGAUUCAGUCCCAGUAAAAUUACAGUUCCUCUCCCAAGCCCCAGCUUCAGAGAGGAAGCAAAUACACUGCACCUCCAUCUGAACCUUAGCCUUGCCAGCACCCCAUGACAUGAAACAUUGCUCUCUUUUUGGCUGUACAAACAUACUGAGUGAAUUCCAGGAGCUGUGAAGGCUUUGUGUGCCCAUAACCAGAAAGGGAUGAGUUUCAUAGACACUAAGCUUUCCUGCAGUGAGCAUUAUCAGGUAUAAAUACUGGAUUGUGAAAGAUGAACUGAAAUUUUAUCUGAAAAUCCUACCACACGCUCUGCAGAGUGGUCAUCAGGAAUAUCACUCUGCUCUCAGUAGCCACUGAUAGAAAUGCAGAGAUUAUUUGAAAAGAGAUAAAUACAGGAACUGAACCAAAAUGUCUGAGGUAAAAUUGUAGGUGCUUAUUUGCUCUCUUUGCAAUAAAGGAGCAUGAUUAACAAUAAUGGUAGAAUACAAGGAGUGUCAGCUUUUGACUGAAGGCUGUUAAAAGUUGCUGUUGAGUAAAUAAGGGAUUCAGAAAAAUGAUGUUUAAAAAAAGUCUCUCAGGAAAUAUGCAGGCAACUUGCCUGUUCUAUGCAGGAUCUUAGAAUACAAAACAACAUGGCAUAGGAAAUAAGGGAAAAACAAAGUUCCUCGAGCCAUAGACACAUCUGAUCACUAGUAGCAAAAAAUUAUCUCACUAUCUCAGAGGAAAUAAAAAUUUCUAUAAACACUCUACAGAAAUACUACUCCUUCAUCUCUGGUCCAUUAUGUUAAAAGGUAGUAGGAGUGCAAGGGCUGCUUUACCACCACUCACCAAUGUGCAGUUUUUAAUCCCAUAAGGCAAAAUGAUGCGGCAGGCAACUAGAGCAAUAUAAAGUAGGAAAAGCCAAGUUAAGCAUUUCCAUAUACCCCUUUCAUUACUCUUUCUCUUAAUAACAGCAACAAAAUAAAACCCAUCAGCAUACUCUUGAUACUACUGAAUAUUAAAGAACUUAAAACCCAGAGAUGAGUGAAGAAAAUUGGAACUGUAUCUAUGCAAAAACUGCCUUGAAUUAAAAACCCACUUCUUCCAAAUAACAGGUCCUAAAGGGGCAAUUGCCUAGUAUAGGUAGCUCCUAUUUCUAAAAGUAGUGAUAAUAAUAAAUUGCCUUGAUUCAACUUUAUUCUGAACAUCUAAGUAGUGAAAUUAGUGUAACUUGCCUUCAAACUCCUGAAUAUCACUCCUACUUACACUGACCUGUAAUUUGUACUAUAAAUCAUUUCAUCCUACAUUUCUGCUUUUGAGAUUAGACCCGGGUAUAUGCAUAAUUUCUCUGAAUUGCUCUGGUUUCUCUUAAUUGCCUCACCCUCAGUUUGAACCACUGAAGGGUCAGGACUAAGACAUUCCCCUGAUCAGUGAUGAAGAAAUGUACUCCAACUUUCUAGCACAUGCGUCUCUAUGCACUGUGAGAAUCUGUAGUCUCAGUCAGUGCAAGUAAAUCCUUAAUUGGUCUUGUUCUCAUUUAUUAUUCAUUCUUUUAAUUUGUCUACUACAGUAUUGCUAAGCCUGAUUGCCCCUUUUCUCUUCUACAAAAAAUGAUGUGAAAAUUUUAAAACUAGCAGGAAGUAUUUUCCCCAAUUUCAUAUCAGGGUUAAAUUUCAAGUUUUUUUAAAGUACACAUCCAGAUACUUCUCUCUCUUUUGGGUUUUUUUAUGUCACAUACUCUAUUAGCUGGAGAAUUCUCCUGUAUUGCCCUUUCCAACUCCAGAGAAAGACUCUUCACUAACAAUUCUCAGCACUAUUUCAGAAGCGUAUCAACAUUUCACCCCUCCCAUCUCUCCCCAUUGAACUGUGGUUGCAAUUGUUGUUAAUUCUGUAUUCCCAUGAAGUUCAGAAGAGCAUCAUUUUAUAUGAAAGACUGGAAUGCUUUUAUUUCAGGAGUGUUUUUUGUGAACUGCUUUGACAGAGCCAGGGAAAGUUUUACUUCAUCUUCAAACAGAUUUUUUUAAGUGAUGCUGUCCUUAUUGAGAGGAGGUACAGCUUUACUUACUGCUGAAGUGAAUUGCAGCAAUUUCACUGACAUGGAUGCAAAAUUCACAUGAAUUUUAAUGGCCAUGUUGCAUAUCAGCAUCCACUGUGCUUAAAAAACAUUUGGCAAUGUGUACAUGAUUGUUCCUCCCAGAGAUUUCUCAUUCCUUUUAAACGUUCUCCACCUCCACCACCCCAUACUUCAUUUUGAUGUAACAACAAUUUUGGACUGGGUAUGUAGUGACUUAUCCUUAAUUAUUUCUUGUUUUUUUCCUGAAAUGACACAUUUUCUAUGCUGCCAAAUGCAACAUUUUUCACUUCCUUCUUUCAUGUCUGGUUGUGAAUAUUAGUGGAGAGAUAUUACUGGGAUACUUAAGUUAAAGAUACCACAUGCAGCCAGAUUUUGGACUGCUAUCAUGAUUUCACUAAACGAAGCCAGUCACUACUUUUAUAGAUGAACAUGCUAUAAUUGACACUGACAAUUUUGCCUGUAACAAAAUUAAAUCAGGCAUUUUUUGUUAGUUUCUCUAUAGAUGACUAUUUUUCUACUCACAGAGAGUAAUAUAAAGGAAAUUUUAAAAUAAUUAUUUUCAGAGAUGGCUUACCAGUUUUAAUAAGGCUGUUUUGGAAUUUUUUUGGGUGAACUUCUGAUAUUUGUGCAAAUAUAUAUAUAAUCAAAGUGCUUGCAUGUGCUAUCACAUUUUUGAUCAGAAUUUGCAAAAGCAUUGCUGUGUGAUUUCAACAUAAUUUGCAUGUUGUAGUUUUGCAGUUCAAAUUUUUCUCAUCAUCUACCUCUCAGUUGAACUUUGGAGACUUGCACAACCCUGGAAGAACAGAGUUAACAAAAUGCAUAAUGGUAAAACCUGUACAGACUAUUAGAAAGUCUCCCAAAUAUUUAAAGCUGCUUACACUUCUGUUUUCAAGGCAGGGCAUAUCUGUGUCCACAUCUUUGUAUCAGUUCACAUAUCUUUAAUCUUAACCCUAACCUGUGAAGUUUUUGCAUCACUGAUCUGGUUUAAAAACUCAGUGUGUCAUUUAGGUAUCCAAAGUCUAAUGAUCUUUCUGUGAGAUGCUGACCUGGUAUUCUUUUUUGUUUUCUUACAAUUUCUGAGUUAGGGAAAUCAACAAAGUUAAUAUACCCAAACAGUUUAUAAAAUUAUUACAGAACAUUUUGUAUUUUGCAUCCCUGGGAAAGAAAGUGUUUCUGGUUUAGAAAUAAUAGCAAAUUUUAUCUUGCUUUUCCUUUAUUGGGCAGUUGAAGGAAGUUGUCACAAAGUAUUAGAUUGGGGUCAAGGAAGGAUGAUUAUUCUUCAUAUGCUCUUUAAAAAACCAGAGAUGAUUGUUCCUUCAAAGAUAUUCUUCAAACCAUUCUUGCCUUCUAGGACUUAGUACACAGUCCACCAAAGCCAACACAAAAAUACCAAUCAAAGAGCUUUACAUUGGAGGUGAUGUGGCUUCAGUGGAGAUUUCAGCCUUAUUUUCUCCAUUCCAAAUCUCAGGACCAUCAGAUAUAACACAGCAAACACAGGAUUUGUUACAGCUGGCAAAUUUUCUAUGCCUGCAUAAUAUUCCUAAUGAAUCAGUCCCUAAAUUAACGCACAAUAUCUAUUCUUUUAAUAGUCUAUGUAAAUAAAUUGAAAAAAAAAUCCCACCACAUACUCUGAAUGUAGAUUAUAAAAUACAGAGGAUAUAUUUGAAUAAAUAUCCAGGCAAGUCUGUUAACCCCAAAGGAAAUAAUCUAUUUCCUUUCAAGCCUUCUUUGAGCAGUUUAUAACCUUCAUUUUUCUUUUUGCCAGAGAAAAUGGUUUAUGUCGUCUGUGAAUGUAUAUAUGGACAUAUAUAAGGGAAUAUAUAUGCAGAUGUGGUAUAUGUGUAUAUAUGUAUUCCCCUAUAUAUAAAACUCUAAUUUAUAUAUAUUAUAUAUAUUGAUGUAUAUAUAAAAUAUAUAUAAUAUUUUAGAGUAAGUUGCAUAUUGUGCCUGAUAAAUCAAACAUAAUUGUAAGCAAAUAAAAAACUUCCACAAAUGGCAGAAAAAUUUGAAGCUUUUUUGUAAGAGCAUAUGCUAUUUUUUUGUUCCUGCUAGAUUUAUUUAUAGUAGAAAAUACUUCAAAAAGCUGCAGUAUUACGUAACACUGGUUUCCAACCACGACUCAGUUCAAAGCAGCCUAAGAUCACUGAGAAUGUUCAUUGAGGUAGAUGGCAAAACCUGCAUUGUUGGUGAACUUGUUGCUGGGGUGUCAUUGCGGUGGAAAUUUUAACUGAAUGGUCUCUGAACAGACUGCAACCAAUAGACUCAGUUUUCAGCUAAUGUGAUAUGUAUGACCAGUUCAUACAAAAUAUUGGUGGACGUGAUAUUUUUUGUAACAAGUAUGGAAAGUGAGAAUAUUCAAGCCCCUGCAAACAAUAUUCCUGUUAGAUUAAUAUGUGAAAUUCUCCAGAACAGUAGUCAUUAAAAAACUGACAAUAUAUUGCACAUUUUACAGGUUUAGGUGGUUUUAAUUUGUCUGCAAGUAGGCAAGCCCAUGAAAAGUCUACAUUUGGCUCUCACUCUAUUAAAAAGUUAUACCUUAAAAUUACUGGGAGAUUUUUCAGAGUGGUACAUAAGUCAUUUACAUAAAUUCCCUUCCUCAAAGAGUGAUACAGAUGCAUUUUCCACUUGCAGCCUACUUGGAAAGUUCACCGCAUCUGCAGCUUAUCAACAGAACCUGGUAUUGCUAUGCAAUAAUAAAACAUGCAGUAACCAUUGUUGUUGACUAAUAAAGUUGUUUCUUCCUUUCUGUAUUUUGCAAUACUGUAUGGUUUUUACUUGAAUAUAUUGGCUAGAUUUUUUUUUUGACAAUCAUUUAUUAGCUAGAGGUGCUAUUUAUGUUCCAAAGAGAUAUGAGUGAAUGAUAACUUUAUAGAUGCCAAAUCCUUUUUUUUGACCUGACAAAAUUCAUUGUUCAUAAUGUAUAUUAACCCUGUAAAGUGCUUAAGCAUUGCAUUAAAUUGUAUUUAAAUGCAUUUCUGUUCAUUAACUUCUAUUCCAGGCUUGUACUACUGUGUAAUAUGUCAAGUUUGUCCAUAUAUAUUUAUGGGAAAUUACAAUGAAAAUUGUGUAUAAUAAGCAAUUGGGUGAAAAAAAGAAAAAU